ACACUAGGCGGAUCCAGGAAGGAAGUAUCACCCAUGCAGUUGUUGCAGUAACAUGAAAAAAAAACUUCCUCAUAAUUCAGUGCAUGUGUUUCCUCGUGCAACUGCUCUUUUGCUAAAUCUUUAUGACGACUUAGAGAAAGAAAGAAGAGUUUAAGAUGGGAUACAUGACAGUCGAGGAGCACAGCUUGACCAUGCUCCACCUGAAGAGAUCACCAGGUGUUCGUUCCUGGUCUCUCCUUGUUGGUGUAGCAUCGGUUGGGUUGGCGGCUGCAUACUAUAGCUCAGACAGCAUCUUGUGGAAGCUUUUCUACGUGGCUGGCUGUCUGUUUGUAGCCAUGCAGAACAUGGAGGAAUGGGAGGAGGCUGUGUUUGACAAAAGCAAGAACCUGAUUGAGCUCAAGAGCUGUAGUUUGUACACUUUAGUCCUGACGUUGUGGCGGAGGGGCCAAGAAAAAGUUGUGCUGGAUCUGACACAGCUGUGUGACGUCUGUGUCCAGGAAGAGAGGGUUCGCUACUUGGGGAAGGGCUACCUGCUGAUGCUGCGGCUAGCUGCAGGCUUCUCCUACCCUCUGACUCAGAGUGCCACACUGGGGGGACGCAGUGAUGUGGAGGCAGUGGCUGCAUUGCUGAAGCGCUUCCUGGGGCUGGAGGAGCUGCAGCGACGCAGGCAGCAGGAGGACCAGGCAGAGUAUGGAGAGGAAGAGGAAGAGGAGGAGGAUUCUUCGGACAACAGCAGUGAAUCAGAUGUUGACGAAAAUGAACUCUGAUCUCUCCGUGAUUUGCAACCUUCCUGUAACUCUUGUUGGCUUGAAUUAGGGGCAUGACUGCAUUGCAUCAUUGCAAUUCAGUGCAGUUUUAGUAUUGUACUAUUAGCAUGUGCACGUAACACCAAGGAUGUAUUCUAUUCCAGUGUCUCCUUACAGACCUCCUACCUUGUAUUUCUUUAAUAUGUCAGGUGGGGUCAUGGAGGCCUAGGGAGAGUAGGAAAACAUUUUUUAUUUUAUUUUCAUGUGAACCGGGAUGGAAAAUUCAUCAGAUUAAAUGUUUUGUCAGGCAAAUGUUUAGUCAAAGUUUGAGGAAAUAUGGAGACUUUUUCUUUUAGUUCUCUGUACAUGAAUGUCAUUCUUUACCCUUUUUGACCUAAUUACUAUUUGAGAAUACACUCCAGAUUACAGAUUUACUGUGCCUUCCCACUGAACUCUAAUAAGUGUUUAUGUGUGUAAGUCAAUGGAAAGUACUUUUCCCACAGUUUUCUGAACCACCCAGUUGAUAAUCACCUUUUGCAUGUUUAUGCAUACCCAGUCAGCUGUCUAGAUGAAUGCAUGUGCAAACUGUAAUCAAACAUGAAGGAUUUUCACGGCUCGAUCAAGAGGGAAUUAUGUGUUCAAUGCUUUGGCCUGUGUCCGUUCUGUCUUUUAAGAUUUAUAUACUUUUUGGAAACCAAAGACUGAAUCUCAGGUAAACACUUUAGUGCUUUGGUUAGGCUACUCUUUUCUGUGAAUGAAACCAGGACUGUGUAAUGGCCCAUGGUGAAUAUCAGUUUGUUCUAUUCUGCUUGAAAGAAGAGUUUUUUGUGUUGGUUC